AAAAGAAACCCAUCAUCCUGUCUCUUACACCGAUCCUGCUGUUCCUCCGUCUGCCCCUCCAUCAACCCACCCCGCACUCGUCCACUGGAUCUUGUCCUUUCAAACAACGACUCCAGAUCAAACCAAUCACACAGUGACUUACCCCGCCCCUCAAACAUGAUUCCGCUAUCUCGGGUCAUUGCACACAUGAGGCCCAGCGCCUCUGGCGCCUCAACCAUUACCUCCGCCGACAAACGCGAUGGAACCAGUCCGCAGGGUGAGAAGCACCACCACCUGCCCACGAAGAGUCUCGCCGACCUCAAGAAAGAUAUAUCCGGAUUCUAUUACAAAAGCGAGAACGGAAGCGCAGUAUGCAUCUCUGUUGCUGACGAUGCUGCCACCCUUGCCUUCAGACGAGAUCUACAAGCCAAAUGGUUCACCGCCAUCAUCCAGGAUGCGGCACGCAAACAACUUGGAGGUGAGGGUGGGAGACAUGCUUCCACCUCCCAUCAUCUCGACGCUGCUACCAUCGCGUCAAGACCACCUUCCCCCUUCUUCGACGACGUGGCCGUAGACGAGUUUCAAGACUGCCGCAAUGACCUGUCCUCCGUGGAGAAUGACUAUGUAUGGGUCAGCGACAACGACGACGACUUUGAGUUCGUGGAAGUGGACAAGACAGAUCUGGCUGCAGAAAGCCUCAGCUCAUCAGGUGUUGUGCUUGAAUUCCCUAUUGAGACACCCGGGACCACCGACCCCGCAGCCCAGGGAGAAGAGUCUAACGCUACGACCAAGGAGAGCAUCUCGUCUCCUACCACCCGCAAAGCCAAGUAGAGCAGAUAUGGUUUGACGGACUGGGACCUGUGUUCAUUCUGAUGAGAAGGGGUGUUGCUCUUUUGUGGUCUGUGCUGCUGUUCAUUUGCGUUUCUGCGCAGGCUUGUCAUUGGCCUUUGCACAGCUUUGCUUGCCUGCUUGUCGUCUACUUGCUCUGCAUCUUUGCUUUUUGUCUUUCUUUCGUGUAAUUCGUUGGCAUUGGCAUUUGCAUCGGUGUAUAUCCCCUCUCACACUGUUGUCUGGGUCAUUUGUGAAUUUUACUUGCGAGCUGAUUCGGG